AUGCCUGGCACAAUCACAAAUAACAAGCCAUUGGCUAGUUCUGGCAUACUGUCUCACCAAAAUGAGUCCAUUGAAAUGACAACCAUCCGUCCAGCCGCAACAGACCAUUCCCAAGACAACCCUUUGGUGGAAGAUGAGGUUCCUGACCAUGCAACAAGCGCCAUUCCAGAUGGCGGUUACGGCUGGACAAUAGUAGCUUCGUGUUUCAUUCUUCUCUUCUGGAUCAAUGGUUACACUACAGCUUGGGGCGUGUUGCAAGCAGCUAUCGUUCAAUCACCUCGGCUGCACACAAACAUUCGUACUAUCACCUUUGUUGGCAGCUUAUACAUGGCAUGCAUGGUUGCCUUUGGGCUGGCCUCGGUCAGAUUGUCGAGACAAUUCGGCAUCCGAUUCACCAGUCUGACAGCGACUAUUCUUUUCGGCGCCGGUUUGAUUAUUACCAGCUUUACUCUGGAACAUCUCGCAGGCUUGUUCUGUGUAGCUGGACUACUUGUUGGUCUAUCAACAUCUCUAUUAUACACUGCUACAAACACGUUACCCGUACAAUGGUUCAGCAGCAAACUGGGCACAGCGAACGGAAUAGUCAAAGCAGGAGGCGGUGUCGGAGCCACGGUCCUCCCAUUGGCGACACAAGCCAUGAUUAACAAAGUCGGACUACAAUGGACAUUCAGGAUUCUUGGAUUCUCUAUCCUGGCAACAGGAAUUCCAUCCGCUUUGUUCCUAAAAGAUUUUGUUCGCAACAGUUCGACGUCGCGGUUUGACUGGUCCCAAUUAAAGAGCAUACCGUUUCUCACACUAGCCAUGGCAGGGGCUGUUGGAGUGUUCGCGCUAUUCGUUCCUCCAUUUUUCCUCCCUGUCUUUGCUAGGUCCAUCGGCCUAUCUGCCUCAACGGGCGCAGGACUAGUAGCAGGGUUCGGUGCGUCGACAGCCGUUGGACGCUUUGCUGGUGGUUGGAUUUGUGACAGAAUUGGCGCGUUCAAUGCAUUGGCUCUGGCAGCUUCAAUCAACAGCGUGUCUAUGCUAGCAAUCUGGCCUGUCAGCUCAUCAUUACCGCCGCUUUUUGUCUUUGCUAUCAUCAACGGUUGCGCGAAUGGAAGCUUUUUCGUGGCGUUGCCGACAGCCGUGGCGACCCUUGCUCCCGGAUCUGCCGCGGCGUCGAUCAGUUUAAUGACCUCGUUUUGGACCCCAGGAUACUUGAUGGGUGCGCCUAUUGCCGGGAUUUUGAUCGACUCUCAACACGCGUCGGAAGCAUCGUCUAUCGAGCCGUACCGAGCAGCUAUUUUCUAUGCGGCAGGUGUUGGGUCUCUUGCUACGUUGUUGGUUAUUGUUUCUCGAAUGACACUUAGUAGGAAACUGGUCAAGAGGCUGUAA